AUGCGACAGUUGGUUCAAUAUUGGCUGGAUGGAUCACCAGCGAGUAAUCAUUGGAGGACACCAGUCACUUUUGCUCUUAUUCCUCCCCAUCAUCACCAUCACCACCACCGUCAUCUUCAGUCCCCUUUUUACCCUCUCUUCUGUCUCCUACAAAAGAUGGACUAA